GUAUAAUAAUAUAAAUUGUAUAUCUGAAGCUCUCUCUCAAUUUUUAUUCUUUUUUUUUAUUAUUAUUAUUAUUGUAAUGAGAACGUUUUCGGUUGGAAAUAUCGCAAGGUUUGCAAUACUCACACCUAUUCUUGUCAUUCUAUUGACAAUUGGUUGGUACCAACAAGCCAUUCGUCAUGUCAACCUUCCAGAUUAUAAAGAAAAAGAACCAUCGUUUAUUGUUGCAGGAUAUUAUAUCAACUGGGGCAUUUAUGACCGCAAAUAUAACGUUGUGGACCUGAAGGCCGAGAAAUUAUCUCACAUCUUGUAUGCAUUUGCCAAUGUCAAUCUUGAUGGCACCAUUAUUCUCGGUGACCCUUGGGCUGAUACUGAUAUUAAAUUCCCAAAAGAUAAAACAUUGGAUGGCGUACAAGAUCCUUGGAAAGAAAAUGAUCAAGAUUUACACGGCAAUUUCAAGCAACUUUCCUUAUUAAAAAAAAAAUAUCGACAUGUAAAAGUGUCACUUAGUGUGGGUGGCUAUUCAUGGAGUUCUAAUUUUUCAGCUAUUGCUUCCAGUACAGAAUCUCGAGCAACAUUUACAAAAACAGCGAUUGAACAUCUUGAAAACCUCGGAUUGGAUGGCAUUGAUAUUGAUUGGGAGUUUCCUCAAGAUACCACCGAUGCUGAAAAUUAUGUAUUGCUCUUAAAAGAAGUACGCGUUGCCUUGGAUAAUUAUCAAUCCACUAAUGACCCAACCAAUAGUCCCUUUUUAUUGUCAGUAGCUAUGCCAUGCGGACCCGAGAAUUACAAUAUACUGAAGCUAGAGGAAAUGUCCCAGUACGUAGACAUAUUCUAUAUGAUGGCAUAUGAUUUCGCCGGUGAUUGGGAUAAAAAGACGGGACAUCAAUCCAAUCUUUUCGGUGGUCCGUUAAAUGUGGAUCAAGCAGUAAAACACUUUGAAAAAGCAGGUGUUCCAUCCAAAAAGAUUGUGAUGGGAUUACCCAUGUACGGAAGAGGCUUUUCAAAUACUAUCGGAAGACCUGGUUCGUCCUAUCAUGGUAUACCCGAUGGUUCUUGGGAUAAGGGCUCUUUUGACUACAAAGAUUUGCCUAGAAAAGGAGCAAAAGAGCACUUUGAUGAAGAGCUGGGUGCCUCCUGGUCAUAUGACGAGGAUAAACGAGAGUUCGUCACGUAUGAUUCUCCUGCAGUUGCACAGUUAAAAUGUGAUUAUAUCAGGGAAAGACAAUUAGGUGGUGCCAUGUUCUGGGAGUUGAGCGCAGAUGCUGUUAGCGACGACAGAAGCCUGUUGGAGACUGUGUAUCAAAAUCUCGGAUCGCGUUUAAAUACAGAUGAAAAUCAUUUGGUAUACCCCCAUAGCUCCUUUGACAAUGUCCGUUCUACUUAAAACUAAAUAUUUUCUGGCCUCCACGGUUAAUGUUUGCUUUUGAACAAUGUUCCUUAUUGAAUGUAAUAGCUCAAUUCUCAUAUUUUGUACAGUGUUCUACUAUUUAAACGAAUAAAAAUUUCAAUUUAUUAAUUGGCAGUAGGAUGUUUGACCAAUAAUUCAC